AUCUUUUGCUCUUUGACAGUUGAUGCCUGGUUGACAUAGUUUACAAAUCGAUUAAAAUAAUUUUCAGAGCCAGCUGGUGGAUAAAAAAAAAUUGUAAUCAUUUUCUUGCUCAGCAUUUUUAUUAACUAGCUGUUAUGAAUUUUUUUGUAAAAUAAAUAAAAAUCAUGUAAAUCUAUCUUAAGAUCCAUAAAUUACCAACCAAAGUUCCCUUACCUGAACCUAGGUCGAUUUUAAUUAAAUUAAGUAAUUAAUCAAGAAAAGUACCGAUUGUACAGAAACCAUGGACUUCAUAGACCUACCUGAAGAAGUUUUAAUUAUUAUCAUACGGCUAUUGGAUGCGAAGUCAAUGCACAAUGUGUAUAAUACUUGUAAAUAUUUAAGACAAAUUUUGAGUCAGCAUGGAGUUGUAAAAAAGUUUAAUAUGUGUAGAAACACAAUGGGAACUGCUCGAUCAUUGAAGUUGGAUUUCUUUAAAGACAUAUCAAGACAUUUGCAAGAACUUAAUAUGAGCGGUAUUCACGAUUUGACAAAAACAUCAUUGCUGUCAGUUAUAAAAAGGCUUAAGUGUCUAAAAUCCUUAGAUAUCUCAUACACUAAUAUAACCAUAAUUGAUUUCAUGGAAAUUUACAAAUUGUGUCCUACAAUUAAGUGCAUAUGUUUAAACUUUGUAUUUGGAAAACUUGGCAUGACAAAAAUUUCACAUAAUCUUAUCCUGGAGUGUAAAAAUAUGUUUAAAAAUUUUGAUAAAAUCCACUUUGUCGGCUCUACUGGCAAUCUGUUAAAUGAUAAUCUGCCUUUGUAUAUACUAUCUGAGUGUAACUUAAAGGCUUUAAAGUUUUCUGCAUCAGAAUGUAAUUAUGCAUUUACUACAAACCACAUACCUCUCAACUUUGAAGAGUUACAACAAAACCUACAAUUUAAUUAUUGUAAUAUUUGCAUUUUAAACUGGAGGGAACAAAAUCAGUAUUAUCAAAAUCUGAACACCAUUCCUUUCUUCUCACAUUUAGAUUUUAAGAAUUACGAAUUUAUUGUGACGACACGGUUACAUAUAAAUAAUUGUAAUGUUUUUACUUCACCACUCUUUAAACCAUUCUUUAAUGAACAUUUUAACAUUGAAGCUAAAGUUAUUAAUCAGUUAGAGAAACCGCUCUUUGGCAAUGUCUCCAUAAUGCUAUGGAAUAAAAAUUGUACUAAGUUUGAUGAUACUUUUUUUAAUAAAUUGUAUGAUGAAAUAAAGCAGUAUUACCCUGCACAAUUUUCUGUAGAUACAGGACCUGUAUCUUCAAAACUCAAUUGGUUUUAUACUUUAUCCAAAAUACAAGCAGAUGAAGAUACCAUGAAAAUUCAUGCCCCACAUGCUCCAAAGAGAAGAAUGGCGCAUCCAAAUGUUGUUUUAAAUUAUGAUUCUUUAUUUUAUCAAAAAGACAAAUUUAUGUUAAGUAUUGUAUUCCAAGACCAUUUAAGAAAUGCUGCUGCUUUAAGUAAUGACUGUGAUUAUUUGCGUAAAAUAACAUUUCUAAGUUUGACUGGAAUUGUUCGCUAUAGCAUAGAUUUUUUUAAUAUUUUGUUUAGUUGUUGCAUUAGUUUGGAGACAUUGGAUGUUGAGUCCACGAUUGUAUCUUCAUGUACAUUACCUAUAUCUCGAAGUUUACAUCUAUCACAAUGUUUGAAAAAUUUUCGUUUGAUUGAUAAGAAGAUUGAUUUUAAUGCAUUGGUUACAUCAUUAAGCAAAUGUAGUACUCUAGAAAAUAUUCAUAUUAUUGAAGAUAAACUUCUUGGAUUAUGUACCUUAGCGGAUGCUAGUAGUAUAGUAGAAAACUGUGAUUAUUUAUAUUAUUUAUACAUUGAAGCUCCUAUAUCUGAAAAUGAACAAUUAAAACACACGCGACUUCUCAACAAGACAAUUACUAAAUGCGGUAAAUAUCAUGUAAAUACAGUUAUCCAGCCAAAGGCAGAUAACGCUAGGUACAGAUAUCAUUACGAUCCAUACAUUGAAAUAUUCUACUUGAGUCCAAUAAAACAACUAUAGUCGCAA